UCACAUGAUCUUGACGCUGACACUUUUUCAGCCACAGACGGCUACGUCAAGGUGUUCUGUGGCUCUGCCAAACUGGGUGAGACGUCCGUCAACCACAACAACGCAAACCCCUGGUGGACGGAGGAGUUCAGCCACUUCAAGGCCCAGGAGAAUGGCGUCCUGCGGCUCGAGGUGCACGACGAAGACAUCUUCUACGACGACCUGCUGGGAGUCUGCCAGUGUCAAAUCAAAGUGGGCACCCAUGAGCACAACUGCUACCUGAAGGAGGGCGGCACCCUCCAUUACAUGUACACCUUCAGCAUGUAG